UUCGCUUGAGGGUUUCGCACUUUAACUUCCUUUUUCCACUGCUCUGAGUAACAAAGUAAAAUGGUGGACUCUCAGUAUAGCGCAGACGCAACGAUGCCUUCCACGUUGUACAUGACUGAAAAAGAAACGUACACAUUCUUCGUAAUGAAGCCGGUCCGCAUCUCGAGCGUUAUGCUCGAGCAGGGAACGUCUGCUAAGCUCUGGCUGAAGACCAACAGCGAGGAGAAAGUUGUGGCCGAUUUGUGGGAGCCUUUUCCAGCAUUGCCUCAGAACCUGUACAUCAACUUCACCGAGCAGCUAUAUUUGGAGUCCAAUGGGCCUGUGCUUGUGGCAUUGGUGGGAUGCUUUCCGGAGUUCGACCAGAGUCCGCAGCGGCCUUCGUAUGAAGGCGUCCCGAAGGGGGAGAGUGUCGUUAGGCUGGCCUAG